AUCAUCAUGGGCUUUGCUUUGCUUUCUGAUUUUAAAAAGGGGAUGAUGGAAUGGAAAUGCCCCAAUUGAUAACGGAAUCACAAACAGGAUAUUCUGGAAGAAGAUGAAAUGAUAAAUCUGGUUUCUUCAACAAUUUAUCUUUUCAAGUAAUCUGAAAUGGCUAAUAAGCAUGUAUAGCUUCUUUCUCAUUACUUAUAUCAAGGGAUAAACUUGUUGUGCAUAGUUAAUUAGAUUCUUCAAUCAUGUUGCAGAUGCAAACAAAUUACAGCUCAGAGCCUCCGACUCUGGCUCUGCUUCAGAUCAUUACUCAAAUGUACAAACUUCAGACGAAAAUUAUAGAAAAAUUAAUGCACAACCAGCAGGGAAGUUGACAUAUAAUAAAUGGUUCUGGUGUGAAUGAAGUACUUCUAAUAAUUCAUUCUCUUCUCAUAAAGGAGACAUCUGAUUUUGCUCUUUUCUUCACAAAAUUUGGAAGGAGAUAUUAAUCUUCCAUUCCACCACUUUAACCAAGAUCCUCUAAGCAUAGCAGAAGUUACCAAUUCUUAGCCUUACUCAACCAGAAACGCCUGAUCAACAAUGGCAGGUGGGCAUACUUCAAUUGCUUUCAAUGUUGAUGAAGAUGAUUACCAGAUAUUUAUCAAAAGCCUAAGAUCCAUACUCUCAUACUCCACAUCACAUGAUAUUAGUGUGCUCAUGCCACAAACUCAGCCUAAAAGCUGGUUAGAUAUUCACCUAAUUUCUGGUGAUUUCACCAUCAUCUUGAGAAUCGACAAGCGAAAUCUAUAUGUGCGUGGAUAUUCGAGAGAUAACGGUGCAACAUUUUGGGAGUUUUCAGAUUCAUCUUUGAUUUCUGAAAGGAGUCCUCUUGCAUAUAGCGGAAGCUAUGUAGAUGGUUACACUUUGAUUAAUGCUGCUGGCGUUACCCGUGAAACUGUUCAGCUGGGUUUGUCUAAUUUGAGAAAUGCCAUUGCUAACCUAGCAACAACAGAGAACCCAAACUCGACCCAAAACAAUGCAUUGCAGAAUUGUGCUAGAGCAUUACUAGUUCUAACUCAGAUGAUUGCUGAAUCUUCUAGGUUUCAACCAAUCACCAACCACAUUGUCAUGAAUUGGUACAAUUCUGCACCACUCCCUUGGCAACUCGUCGAGCUGCAGCAGGGCUUUGAAAGUUUUUCUAGUGCUGUCCAACGUGCUGACUUCCCUCACUGGACAAAUAAUACACCCUUGCCUAACGUCCCAAACCCUAACAGAGCCAACAUUUGGACCGUAGGUCAGGCCAUUGCCGCACUUGGGAUCUUGCUGUAUGUCCCACGCAAAAGCAACCGCGUGAAACGCCAAGCUGAUGUUGAUGCUGGCAAUGUUCAUAAUGUGGAUAUUGCUGCUGAUACAAAUGUUUCAUACGUGCGUACCUUGGUGAGCAUCGAGUAUAUACGUGUGAACAAUAUUGAUGGUGAGGAUCCUGGUGACCUCUAUGGAACGGUGAAGGUCAAAGACUUUUGGGGCCUUCAUACGGUGUAUGAUCGGAGUUCAAGUGACUACGAGAGCAAAGGUCCUGGCGGAUUUGCCACAUUGACAGGCCCUUCUACUGCUAUUUCGGGCGGUGAUGUAUUUGUUAUUAGCGUCAAUUUAUGGGACCAUGACAGCUUAUCCCCCGAUGAUGAGAUUGCUCAAGGUGACAUCGUGUGGGAACCAAGAAAUGAGAAUCUAACUUUUGCCAAUUAUGACAAGCUUUUGGAGACGGUUGUGUAUGGUAAAGAUGGUAAUGUCACGAUAGGUUACUCUGUAGUAAGACAAGCUCUCAACGCCACUGUCGAUGUUUUGCUCAUCAAUGGGGAUAAGGAAUCGCCAGCGGAUGUGUAUGGAACAAUCAAGGCUUCACAAGAUUUAGAGGGAUCAUCAACAUCCCUCACAUUGUUUGAGAAAUCAUCCGAUGAAUAUAUCCAAGUGCGUCCUUAUCAUUCUAUUCCCCUGACUCGUUCGGUUGUGGUAGCACCAGCGAGUUCCGGGUUAACAAUCACGACAGAUUUAUGGGAUUAUGAUACAGUGUCACCUGAUGACCAAAUUGCGAAGGGAAGUGCACACUUUGAUGCAGUGGUUGGAACCCAAACUAAGAGCAUAUAUGGUCGAUAUGGUGAAGUGCAAGUAUCCGUUACUUGUGAGUAAUCAAGGAAGCAACACUCCCUUGCCCAACCUUGUCCACCAGUUGGUGGGUUGGGAUACACAGAAAAUAAAUGAGGGAAGGGGAGGAAUUUGUUGAAGUGUGAGGGUUGGCUUGAAGAACCUGUGAGUGUUAUGGCGGUUUGCGCCAAGAUUGGGAUUUAAUUUGGAGAAGAUGUCACGUAAUCUAGUCACAUGACUCAUUUUAAAGACUACUGUUUUAUUUUACAUUACUGUUAUAUCUUUAUUUGGUUA